AUGUCGACCGAUGUCGGCUUCACGGAUAUUUUCUUCGGUGAAUGGGAUGUGGAAAAAACAAAAAUUUACAUGAGCUACUUCCUGCCACUCACAUAUAAGAUCACAAUCGGCUAUUUGUUGGCCAUCUAUUUCGGGCAGAAAUUGAUGAAAAAUAGGAAAGAAUUCAAGUUGGAUAAUACAUUGACCGUGUGGAAUUUUCUGUUUGCCUUAUUCUCGGGCAUUGCCGCCUAUAAAUUGACGCCCGAGUUGGCGGGAGUUUGGAAAAAUCAUGGAUUUGUUGCAUCAUAUUGUGAUAAUCACGACUACUACACCGAUCCGUCGACGGGUUUUUGGGGCUGGAUGUUCGUGAUGAGUAAAUUGCCCGAAUUGGGAGACACCGCUUUCCUUGUGUUGAGAAAACGACCAGUCAUUUUCAUGCAUUGGGCUCAUCAUGCGAUCACCUACGUUUACGCCAUUUUAACAUAUAGUGAGAUGCAAGCAUGGGCAAGAUGGUCUCUUGUAUUGAAUUUGAUUGUACACACCAUCAUGUACACAUAUUUCGGUCUUCGUGCUAUGAAGAUCGAAUUGCCGAGACCGUUGGCCAAAUUUAUCACAACCAUUCAAAUUGUUCAGUUCGUGAUCAGUUUGUGGAUAUUCGGACACGUGAUCUUCAUGAAAUACUUCAACACUCGUUCAUGUGCAGCCAGCUGGAAUGUGCUUUCAUUGGGCGGAGUGAUGUAUUUGAUGUAUUUGUAUUUGUUCUGUGAAUUCUUCUACAAAGCCUACAUCAAAAAGCGAUCUCCAACAAAAGUGACUAAAGCCGAA